AUGACGACCGAGACGUCCCCGAGGACCGUUCGCUUCACCGGCGGCGAGGAUGAUGCGCGACCCGAAAAGUCUAAAGCCCCGCGGCCUUCCUCUCUGAUAAUCGAUCGUUCUAUCGACGAUGACGAUGACUACGCCGACCCACGCCCUCGCUCCCUAGGAUCAGAAUCGCAGGAAGACUUGACAAGCCUGGCGAGGUACGCCGAGUCUGCUGGCAUUCCGACACCCAAGUCGUCGCAUGCUCCUUCGGUUAAUGGCUCUUCGAGGAGCUCUCGGAGCGGCACUACAGAUGCCGACGGCCAGCAGUUGUACUCUAAUGGAAGCACACCGCGGCCGAUUCGCCCAACAGCUCCCGCGAGAACACCGUCCAGCACCUACGCCCCCGUACGACGCCCGAUCCAGGGAAACUCAUCCUCGUCAUUCAACGACCACGCGCGUUCUUCGUCCAAGACUCGCAGAGGCGAUCGAUUUAGGGACCGAGCCUACCUGCAGAGGCUGCGCCAAGAUUUUGGCAGUGAAUAUUUCAACUCGUAUUCUAACGGCGGUAUCAGCCAUGGCGACUCCGAUUCCGAAGGCGAGACGCCAUCGUCCGAAGGACCCUUUGACGAGAGAAACGAAGAAAUCAUCAUGUUUUAUGGAAACGAUGAUAUUCAGCCCACCGAAGAGGACAUCAAAGACCCUGCCAACCGUGAACGGUUAGAAUGGCACGGCAUGCUCGAAGCCGUGCUGACGGGAGACGUCGUGAGGCAGGAGAAGAAGCGGCUGAUCAACUCGACCGACCAAUCUGACGGCAAGUCUCCGCGUCGCAACGAAGAGAUCUGGCUCGGUAUCAGGUCCAAGGUCUGCGGACGACAUUUACCCGUGCAGAGGAGGAUGGUGGAAGACGCGCGGUCGGUCCUCGAUCGUACCCUCGAAGAAGUGAUAAAUUUCCAGAUCAAGGGCGAGACCGAAGCGGGGAAGCCUCCCCACGAACAGGUCAAGGGCAUAGUGGAGGAGAUCGAAAAGUGCGGCAACUACUAUCCCUCGUGGAAGGCCCUGGUCCAGAAGCACAAGGCCGCCGAGUCUCCGGGUUUCGUCGAAGCGUAUGGCGCUAUUAUGGCGUGGCAUAAUACCAACGAGCUACUCAAUACCGAAUUAUCCAUCCUCAAGAAGUGGGUCGGCAACGAUGACCUGGACUUUACAAAGCCAAGGGAGCCGUCUCUGUCCAACACCUCGCUUACCGACGACUCGUCGUUCAUCGACCGGCUGAUGAAAGAAGAUGGACUGAGGACUCUGUAUAGCGAAGAAGACGACCCGGACAAGCGCGGCGAUGUUCUCGAUGAAGACCGUCGCGGUGGCCCUGAGCCCGAGCAGGCUCUAGCCGGAGACCUCGACCCGCACCCGCUCCCUGAGCUCGAGCGAGUAGGUAUGCACUACUCGUGGAACGGCUCCGAUGGAAAGAAGAAGCGGGACAAGGGCAUGUUGGUUCGGAUCUCAAGCGUCAUGCGCAAGUCGAAACGGACUCUCAUCGAAAACUACUCGGCCUUCGAGAAGCGCCAUCUACCGCUAUACAUCGAAGAACUUCUCACUCUCAUCAGUUUCCCGUCCCGCCUAGUCGAAGAGAUCAUCAAGGUCCGCCUCGCUUACGCUAGGAGAGUCAAGGAGACGGCCCAACAGAAUCCCCUCAUGCUGGACCAAAUGAUUUCCCAGUUCCAGCUUAUCCUGAAACUGGCCAUCCGUAUCAAGCAAGAAUACCUUGCCAUCUCGCAGCCCGAGCCUGGCUGGGAGCUUCCCCCUUGCAUCGACGAGUCGUUUGACCAAGUUGUUCUCGACGCUCUCAAGUACUACUUCAAGAUGCUGAACUGGAAGCUCAGCGGCAAUAAGAACACAUUCAAGGAGGCCGAGUUGCUGUUCCAGGAGUGGGACUUUGGCAACCACAUCGGCGGCCAUCUCCAGAACGGACAUAUCGAAGUAGCCGAACAAUUCAGCUCACUCACAUUCAAAGCUUUCAAUCGCCUGAGUCAGACAUUUGAGAAGGAACUACAAGUGAAGCCCAAGGAGAGCGCAGCCGAGCUGAGCAAACGAUACAAGGCCUGUCUCGACUCGGUGCGGGUGAGGCAGAGGAUGCUGCAGCGAUUCUCGCGCAUGCUUGGCGAGAACUACGAGACGGCGUCAGACCUCAGCAUUUCUUUCCUGGCCGAGAAGAUGCAGGCCUUCUACGACCGCCUUAUUGAGACGGAACAUUUCCGCGUGGAGGUGCCGCAUUUCGAGAAGCAGGGAAUCUUUCUAAUCGCGUCGCCUUCGCUGCGGUACCGCCACGACGAUAUCCAGACCCUCCUCGCCGUUACAUCUCGGGUCCAGUUUGCCGACGAUGACAGGAAACCUUACCUCCUGCUCAUCCGGCCGGAGACGCCGCCGCACUGGUUCGGGGAUACGGUCCAGCUGCCGAUACGAGAGCAGAACAUUGAUCUAAAGCGCGGAUACAUUCGGCUUUGCGCCUCGGGCUCGCUGGGGCGGCUCGAAGACACGAGGAAGCUAUUCCUCGACAGGCUCAACAUGCACCUGGACUUGGUGGUGGAGCAGCGGUCCAAUAUCCACAAGGUCAACUCUCGGCUUACGGAGACGAGAAAGGUCGCGUACAAGCUGUCUAACACGUUCAUGGACAGCGCCGAAACCAUCCGCCGGCAGACCAAGGGUAAGGACUGUCAGGAGUUGGUGCAGACAUGUUUCCUGUUCGCGACGGAGUUCGGCCAGCGCUCGUUGAUGUAUCUCGAUAGCAACCGCAAGCAGAUGAACAUGCUGAAGCUCACGAAGCUGGCGCUCGACUGGGUCAGCUUCAUCACGGACGACUGCAUCGCGUCGGACAAGCGGACGUUCCGAUGGGCCGUUCAGGCUCUCGAAUUCGCUAUGGGCAUGACGCGGGGUCGGCACAUCCUCGCGCUCGGUGAGGACGAGUAUUCCAAGCUGCGGUUGAAGGUGUCGGGUUGCAUGGCAUUGCUCAUCUCGCACUUUGACAUCAUGGGUGCCAGGUCGAUGCUAGCGGCCAAGGCGGAGAAGGAGCGCAGCAUCGCGACGCUCAUGGGUCAGAUCAAGAAGAAGCUCGACCAGAACCGGCUCCUGGACGAUAACGAGGCGGCUAAGUACACGUUGGAGCACCGACUCGAGGAGCUCGAGAAGGUGGACGAGCUCAGGCGGCAGACGGAAGCCGCGCGGUCGGCCACGGGUCGGGUGCUGGAGACAACCAACGAAGUCGACCGAUCCCUCGCUUACCUGUCGUCAUCAGCCACGUACGUCACGAUGCGAUGGCAGCAAGGUAGCUUCAUCGGUGGCGGCACAUUCGGCAACGUAUACGCAGCGAUGAACCUCGACUCGGGCCAGCUCAUGGCGGUCAAGGAAAUCAGGCUGCAGGAUCCCAAGUUGAUACCCGCGAUCGCGGGGCAGAUCAAGGACGAGAUGGGGGUGCUCGAGAUGCUUGACCACCCCAACGUCGUGUCGUACUACGGCAUCGAGGUGCAUCGAGACCGGGUCUACAUCUUCAUGGAGUACUGCCAGAACGGGUCGCUCGCGCACCUGUUGGAGCAUGGGCGGAUCGAGGACGAGCAGGUCAUCAUGGUGUACGCGCUGCAGCUUUUGGAGGGUCUCGCUUACCUUCAUGAAAGCGGCAUCGUGCACCGAGACAUCAAGCCUGAGAAUAUCCUACUCGACCAUAACGGCAUUAUCAAGUACGUCGACUUCGGCGCUGCCAAAGUGAUUGCUAGGCAAGGUCGCACUCUCGUCAGCGAUCUCAAGUCGACGAAGCCGAACAAGUCCAUGACGGGCACGCCAAUGUACAUGUCACCCGAGGUGAUCAAGGGCGAGAACCCAGGACGUGGCGGCGCAGGCGACAUCUGGAGCCUAGGCUGCGUCAUCCUCGAGAUGGCUACUGGACGGCGUCCCUGGGCCAACCUCGACAACGAGUGGGCCAUCAUGUACAACAUCGCGCAGGGCAACCCGCCGCUACUGCCUACCCCGGACCAGCUUAGCGAAGAAGGGAUCGACUUCCUCCAGCGGUGCUUCUCGCGCGAUCCCGCCAAACGCGCGACGGCCAUCGAGCUCCUCAGCCACGAGUGGAUGAUGGCGAUUCGGAAUCGCGUCAUGGAGCCGGCGACGCCGAGCGAGGCCGGGUCGGGGGAGAAGUAUCGGACCGGAAGGCGGGGUGGAGGAGCUGGUAGGUGGAGUGGAAGUGAUGAGCUGGGUUCUGUCGAGGAGGAGAGGGGCGAGGAUAUGGACGGGGAGGCGACGAGGGGGAGGUUGGAGCUGCGGGGCAGUUUUGAUGAUGAUAAUGACGGGCUUUGUGAGGGACUGAAGAGAUCGGAAUUGGCUCCUUUCGGUCCGAGUUUAUCUACUGGCCUUACCGACGAGCAGGACGAGAUAUAUGAAGGGCUUUUUACAAUGAUGGUCGAGAAGCAACUCGAUCCGGUUCGCUACGGUGACGAUAAUGCAGGGGAAAUGGGCUCUGGCGCUACGAAGUACCAAUCUGAGUCCGAGGCGCGCGUUGCCGGACCGAACGAUCCACCUCCUCAAGACAUGGAGAGAGAGAGAUUAAAACUGUCGGGUUGUGACGACGACUUAUCGGAGAAGAUGUUCGCUAUGAAGAAGCCUGAUUUGCCUACUAUUCAGGAAGACGAUGACGAAACGUGUUCUCCCAAGAAGAAGACGAAAUGA